GAUUUCUCCCCUUUCUCAUUUCUCUAAUCCAUCAUCAUCAUCACAAUGCCAACAUGAGUUUACUUUUCUCCACAUUAUAUUUCUUUUCCGCGACCGCGGCCCCCGUCACAAACCUCACAGCCUUGCAGAGAGACAUCGCUCCGAGCUGGGUUCCCGAUCCAGCUGGGCGCGGUACCUGGAGCCUUCUCUACAGUUGCCUGUUUACCCUUCUGCUCUGCGUUUAUACGGCGAUUCAUUUGAACGUUCCUCCACCAAACGAUACCAGGGUAAAAUUCUGGCUGAGAAAAACAAAAUGGGUGGGAAUUGCGAUUUUUGCGCCGGAGCUGGUGGUUUACACGGCGUUUGAGCAGUGGCUUUUGGCCAAGAGAUUCUUGAAAGAUAUCAAUGAGGCUUUUGAGAAGAGUACGGCAGGCAAGGACCAGAUUUCACCACCUCCAGAGCGAGAUGCCCCUUCAAAGCCUCCAUUCGACAUGGUCUACGCUCACUAUGCGGUGAUGGGUGGCUUUGCUGCGGAUGUGUCAAACAUGCACAACACCUUACGCAGGGUCACAUUCACAACCGAUGGUAUAUUGUUUCUUGCGAAACAUGGACGAUUUCUGGAAACAAGUCGAAUCAACAUCCAAGACAAAAGUAAAGCCGACACUCUUGCCAAGGGUCUGGUGUGUUUCCAAGUACUCUGGAUUGUCGGACAAGCUAUCGAGCGCAAGGUUGCCGGGUAUCCUGUUACUUUGCUCGAGGUGCAUACCAUUGUACAUGUGGUGUGUGUGAUUGUCAUGUAUGGACUCUGGAUCCGCAAGCCUUUGAAUGUCCAGGAUCCGACUGUCAUUGAUUUCCGAGAUCGCUUGGACCUCUUGGCAUAUAUGCUACAGGUAUCAUCACCACAUCAUGGCAAUCUCGUGAACUUUAGAUAUAAAAGGAGACACAGAGACAAAAUCACUACGCGGGAGCCCACAUUCUUGUGGUGGGCCAGUCCGCAAUCGGUUUCGUCGGAGGUCAGAGAGGCACCAAAUGAGGUCGUUUCUACACCAGAUGAGACCCAGGUUCUGACCAAGUAUGACAUGACCAGCAAUGUUGCGAAUAUUGCGGAGGAGUACACCCCACGACACGACUCGAAGGUGGUCUGCAGGUUGAUUAGCGGACAAGCAUUACCUUGUGGUCUUGGGCCGGACAUAUCCUCAGUAACAUCACUCGUCUAUCUACUCCAUCCUCGAGAUAGAAUUUGUGCGGUGUCGCUCUCCCAAGCAGACAUCGACAGACUUAAUUUGACCGCAAAAUUCAUCAUCAAGGUCAUCGAGGGCGGUUAUGAUCCCUUCAAAGAGACAAGGUAUCAUGACUCGGAUCUCACUGCAGAGUUUUAUAAGAACACAACCACCCUCGGGAUGUUCUCCCGCGACGCCUCAACAGCGGGCAUAUUGGCACUGAGAUCCCAGAACUAUGAUGGAAGCUUUCUUCAUGAUAUUAACUCGGAUUCAGCUUACUUAGCAAGCGCGAUGGCAUUAAUUCCCACAGCGUAUGGCUGUGUCCACCUGGGGGCACUGAGCAUAAUCUUCCCAACGACGAUUGAGAGGCUACUCUGGAAAGCGUCAUGUUAUUAUCUUAUUGCAACCGCCGGAGUGACUGCGCUAAUCUCUUUGGUAAUAUUUGCCAAUAACAUGCGGCGUACGGUUUGGCGUCGACAUCGACCUCGGCCCAAUAACGCUGGCCGCAGGGACCACCAGCGCUCUUCACUUGAUAUUAGGAUAGAUAACGGCAUCGGAUAUGCUAUUUUAGGAUUUUUGGGCACAAUCGCAUUCCUAUAUGUCUGUGCCCGGCUCUACAUCGUCAUUGAGUCUUUUGUUUCAUUGCGGCAUGUACCGAUAGGUGUUUAUAAGACGCCAUCAUUGAAUAUCAUGGGCAACAUUCCGCACUUAUGAUUGUUGGUAUACAGUUGGGACUGGACAUCACUCAACGAACCAGAGGCAAUGUAUAUAUUUUCAAUGUAUAAUUAACCUC